AUGCUCUUUGUUCUUCGGAUACGAACUGCAGACAAAUAAAGCAAAGCUCCAAAUUGUCUUUACGACAGCGCCAAGAAGAAGAAAUGGAGAAACGCCUUCGUAUUAUUCCUCCGCCAAUCACUUCCCAACACCUCGUUUCUGACGAUUCCCGCCGCCGCCUUGAUACCUCCGAAAUCCCUAACGGAGAUCACUAUUUCCUUCCAUUUCAACAUGAUCUCUAUCCUCCCUAUUCUACCCUCCUCCUAUAUUCUUCUCAACUUCCCCUCUUUCACAUUUUCGCUUCCGACUCUUACAGGUAAGUUGUGGAUAUGGAAAGAAUGGGUGAGAUAGAUACGAAACCUAUUGAUUCUGUUCAAGCCGGGAUUUCUCUGUUUGGUGCUAGAGGUGAUCAGAAUAAACACAAGAUUACAGCCAAUAAUUAACCUAUUGAUUCUAGGCAAGUAUGGUUCAUAAAAAAAUCUCUUACCAAGCACUAAGCGACCAUUUAUCAUCUUAGGGGUAUGAGAAGGAAAGAGAGGUUCAAGAGUUAGUGAAGGAUUUGGCUAAUUACAAGGUUCAACUUGAAGCAAAGGAUGCAGUUUACAUGCAGGCUCUUCUCAAGCUGGAACAACAACAGAAAGUUAUCAAUAAACUUUCUGAGUUGCUGAAAAUUGCGGAAACUAGUAGAGAUAAAUAUGUCUAUGAAUGCAGUGAAGCUAGAGUCCUGCUGGAUGAACUUGAACCAAAACAGAAUGAAACGACUGAUCAAUCCUUGGCAACUGAAAAUUUUCAAGAGGAGCUUUAUAUUGAUAAAAGUGAGUUGAAGAUCAGACAAGAGGAGCUUCUUGGCAUUGAAACAGAACUUUCAGCCUGUGGAGAGUCAGAGGUUGAGGGUAUUACAAAAAUAGAGUUGCCGGAAAAUAAGGAAAAUAAUUGCAGCUCAGAAAAAGAAAGAACCGUAGAUCUCAUAAGACACAUCUCAGAAUUGAAUGAUGCAAUUCGUUUGUCAAAAUUAGCUGCUUGUGAAGUAGAGAAGGAGAUGUCUGCUGCUUUAUUGGCAAAAGAUGCGGAGCUAGAGCUGGCUAAAGAAAAAGUUUUUGUGUUGCAAAAGCAGUUAGAGGAGAUGAGCAAGCAAGCAGAAUUGGACAUGGGGCAUAAUCAGCUACAAGAAUUGAACUUUGAAAAUGAAGAAACUGAAAAGUUCAAGAACAAGAUCGAAACACUUAAAAACCAGUUGGAGAAGAUGGAACUUGAAAUGAAUGAGAUGAGAGAAAGAGAAACUAGUACUGAGGUUGAAAUUGCAUUGCUGAAAUCUGAGCUUCAUAAAGGAAGGUCAAAAAUUGCAGCAUUAGAGGCAAAUGAAGCCAAAGCUGAGAGUGCAAAAUCCAGCCUUCAUCCACUUUAUGAGAGAAACUCUUCAAGCAUGGAAGAAGAUUUGAACCUUGAAGUCAAUGAAAGAAGGAAUGAGAAUGAGAGUGCCACCAUAACAGCUACUUCCAAGGAUUAUCAGUCGUCAAUGGAGAAUAUUGACCAAACCUCUAAACUCUCACCAGACAAAACUUCUCAUCAUAUCAAUUGUGAGUGCACAGAUGAAUUGGAAAAGUUGAAGAAGGACCUAGAAGCAGCAACCAUAAGAAUUGGGGAGUUCCGGUCACGUGCAGAACAGGCUGCCACUAGAGCUGAGAUGGCUGAGAAAUCAAAAGAAGCCAUUGAAGACCAGCUAAGAAAAUGGAGAGAGCAUAAACAAAAAAAAAAGGCUGCUCUUGCUGCCAUGAAGGAAGUAUCCACAUCAGCACCACCAAAGUUCAAUUCUUCAUUGUAUGGAGACACCUCCACGGUCUAUCAGCCUCUAGGUAAGGUUCUCAACUUAAAAUUUUAGUUUCUAAAACUUAUACAACCAAAUAGAUAUGUGGAAAAAAGCUUAUACUCUUAUUCUCCAAUACACCAAAAAGAAUAUGUUGAUAAAAGUAAAACUUCAAUCAUCAAACCCAGCCACAUGGGCCUGAAUGUGGAUAAUGGGCUAGAACAGAUUAGACCCAUUGGCUAAAAUGAUAGAUAACAAACAUGUUCAUGUUAAAUAAAGGCUAGCUUGAUUAGAGAAUUUGCUUUCUAGGAAAGGUCCCACUCUCAAUCACCAAAAGACUUUUAAUAGUGCUGGGCAUCUAUCACUUUGCUUUAUGGGUUUGAAUCUUGGGACCUUCAUGGCUUUACAAUUCAACAUAACUAUUUAUAUUUUGACAAAGUUGUGUUCCCUUUACCAAUUCCCCAUUCUAUCUCUACAAAGUAAGCUAUCUACUUUUUGUUGUUAUCUAGAGAAUGAAGAAAACUUUCCAGCUUAUUGAAAUUGCUUUAGUUUUGGUUCCAAUGUAAAUGUACCUCCUUUAAAUAAUCAAGGAAAUUACAAGGUUUCUUCUUUA